AUGGAGGGACAGAUGCCGAUGAUAGGCGGGGAGAUCCCCCCACCGCCACCACCACAGCUCCCAGAGAUCCCAGCGCCCGGCCUCGCCAUCGCGGAGGAGCUCGACCAGCGCCUGCUGGUCCAGCUCCGCGACGGCCGGAAGCUCCUCGGGCACCUGCGGUCGUUCGACCAGUUCGCGAACGUCGUCCUCGAGGACGCAAUCGAGCGCGUCGUCGUCGGGCGGCUCUACGGCGACAUCCAUCUGGGCGUGCAAGUUGUGCGGGGGGAGAAUGUGGUGCUCAUGGGGCGCGUGGAGGAGGGGGCGGCGGAGAUGCCGGCCGGGUACGAGCGGGUGAACGAGGCGGAGAUCAAGGAGGCGCAGAAGGCGGAGAAGGUGGAGCAGGAGCUGCGGGGGGGCAUGGCGGGGCGGUUCGACUUCCUGGACGAAUAG